AUGGAAGACGAGGCGGUUCCGUCCACUUCGAGGGAUGCGGCGGGCUCGGAGCAACCCGAAGCCGAGGAGGUCCCGGGGCGGCUGCUCAUCUUUAAUACGCUGGUGGACAAGUUUCUGGAGGGGCUUGUGGAGACGGGAAGCUACGAGCGCUUCGCCCGAUGCUACAAGAAGUUCUAUAAGCUGCAGCCGGAGCUGACCCGCGGCAUCUACGACCAGUUCGUGGCCCAACUGCACUCGUCCAUCAAGGCAGAGGUCCAGGAAAUAAAGGAGGAGGGGAACCUGGAGGCGCUGCUGGACUCCUUGGACCGGAUGGAGAAGGACUCGGCGGCCAUGACUGACCUCCAGUGGCGUCCCAGCGGGGUCCCCGAGGAAGACGUGCGCGAUCACCUGGUCCCGUACCUGCUGCAGCAGCGGGAAUAUCUCCGGAAGUUGGUGGCGGAGAGGGAGCGGGAGAACGCCAAGCUGGCGCGGAGCGUCCUGGCCGGGAGGAAGAAGAUCGAGGAGAUGCAGCAGGAAAUUCAGAGGAGGCAGCAAGUCUGGCAGAAGUUGAGCAAAUCUCAGAGGGAUCUGAUCCUGUCCAUUCAGGGGCCCGAGAAGGCGUGACCAGAACCUGCCACCGCGCCAACCGCUGUCCCAUAUUGUGG